AUGACGAGGAAGAAGGUGAAACUUGCUUUCAUUGAAAAUAACUCGUCGAGGAAAGCAACCUUUCAAAAAAGAAAGAAAAGCUUGCUGAAGAAAGCGAAGGAGCUCUCGACUCUCUGUGGUGUCACUGCCUGUGCCAUCAUCUACAGUCCUAAUAACUCCAAUCCAGAUGUGUGGCCAUCGACUUCUGGUGUGCGAAGGAUAGUUUCGGAUUUCCAGACGUUGCCGGAGAUGGACCAACAAAAAAAAAUGGUGGACCAAGAGACCUUUCUCAGACAGAGGAUCGCCAAAUUGUCCGAGAAUCUGAGGAAACUGGGGAAGGAUAACAGGGAGCAAGAGAUGAUUGAAGUCAUGUUCCAAUGUUGGGAUAGUAGCCUGGAGAGGUUUCAUCUCAAUAUUUUGGAUCUCAAUGACUUAGGUUAUGUGAUUGACCAAUAUCAAAGAUAUAUUAAUCACAAAAUCGAGAUAUUGGAGAGUUCUAGUAUGGAGAUGGGUGAAUCUUCUAAUAAUGCUGUCACUGCAGCUGCGGCUCACUUUUCAGAAGGCAUUGGAUCUUUGGCAGUUGCUUUGGCUACAACCGCACCAGCUGCUACGAUUCAUGAGCAACAGCAACAUCAUCAUCAACAUCAACAAUUUCGUCAUCCUGCCACUCCACAUGUUGGGUUCUAUGAGCAAACUCGAAAUAUGAAUCUGAGUCAAAUUCAUAAUCAGAUCCCGCAACAACGGUUUAUGGAGAUGAUGAACAACCAUCCUGAGCAAAUGAAUUAUGCAUCUCAGCAUAUGGAUAACCACCACAACCCCAACCACCACAACCCCUUCCACCACCACCAGCACCACCACCACUAUCACUACCCUCAACAGCAACAACAGCAAAUCCCCGGUGAUUCCUCUACUGCUCUGACCACAGCCAGCUCAAGCAGUAUCAUCCCUGUUACCAGUCCAAAUUUUACCAAUAAUACAUGGUUCCCUUAG